AUGUCCGCGUACUCGCGGACCCAGGAGAGCGACGCGUGGGCCCUCCUCGCACUCAAGUCCACACCAGCCAGUCCUUCCAAGAUGCAGUGGAACCCAGAGGCCAAGGGUGCGGCGAUCGCCAGACUCGAGGGUAGGGAGUUCGAGUACAUGGUUCGACAGCGGCGUAUCACCAUAGGUAGGAACUCCUCCAAGGGUGAGGUCGACGUCAACAUGGGUCACUCAAGCUUCAUAUCCAGGCGGCAUCUGGAAAUCUUUUACGACCAUCCUUAUUUCUUCAUGAUGUGCAACGGCAAGAAUGGGGUCUUCGUCGAUGGUGUCUUCCAACGGAAAGGCGCCCCGGCGUUUCAGCUGCCAAAGACGUGCACGUUCAGAUUCCCGAGUACAAACAUAAGGCUUGUGUUUCAAUCUCUGGUGGACGAACAGGAGCAGGGUAACGUGCGCGUGCCCUCGCCACCAAAGCAAAGAGCUCCUCUACCCCCCCUACGUAUAAAUAUCCCGGACACAGGCUACAGCAGUCCGUUCCCAUCUCCAACGGGGACAAUAAGUGCUGCAAAUUCCUGUCCUGCUAGCCCAAGGGGAGGCCAAGGUCGACGGAACAUCUCGGCGGACUUGCAGAUGGUCGCAGCCUAUGCAGCAGCAGUGGCCAGCGAUCCUCAAAACUCUGGAACGGAGAGACACGAAGCUGCCCAGAGCUCCAGUCGUCAGAUGAGUCCGGAACCUGGUGCCGAGUCUCGAUACAACAGAGCCAAUGCAGGAACUGGACCGAAUGGGACGGCAGCUCACUAUAGCCCACCUAAGGACGAGUCGAAGCCACCGUACUCCUAUGCCCAGCUGAUCGUCCAGGCCAUCGCUUCUGCUCAGGACAAACAGCUGACCCUGUCGGGCAUUUACUCCUACAUCACGAAGAACUAUCCAUACUAUAGAACCGCCGAUAAGGGCUGGCAGAAUUCCAUCAGACAUAAUCUCUCUUUGAACCGGUACUUCAUAAAGGUACCCAGGAGUCAGGAAGAACCAGGGAAGGGCUCCUUCUGGAGGAUAGAUCCUCAAUCCGAAGCAAAGCUCAUCGAACAAGCCUUCAGGCGGAGAAGACAACGAGGCGUUCCCUGCUUUCGUGCACCGUUUGGAUUGUCCUCCAGGAGUGCGCCGGCCUCGCCGUCACACGUCGGCAUCAGUGGAUUAAUCACCCCGGAGUGUCUCAGUCGAGAAGGCUCCCCAGGCCCCGAGUCCUACCCUGACAGUUCGGUGCCCUCUCCGGCUGGUCAGCUGACAAGUCAGUCGGCACCUGGGUCACCUGGCCAUCCUUACGCUCCACCUCCACCGCCUUGUCAUAAGAGCCGUCUCAUGCAACAGAUCACCGUAGUGACAAAUGGGGUCAACAAUGAGGCAAACAGGGAAGAGAAAUACUUGGUGCCUGGGAACGUGGUGGAGGAACACUCGUUAUCCCCUGCCGGACAGUACAGUCCGGCGCCUGUGAUCGUACAAACCACGUAUAACUACAGCGGGAGCUUCAUCGGACCUGACGCGGGCGUCGGGGUGGGCAAACGAGCACACGAGGAGCCCGACAGCUCGCCCGGGUCCCCGGCACCCCUGGCCAUCGUCGAGAGCCCCGAGCCCCAGGAACACCAGCCCCAGCAAGCGAAACGCCAGCGCGUCCACGACGCCGACGACAAUUGAAUCCGUCGACCGGGAUCGGGCCAACCUCCUAGGACCUUUCCACCGUAGAGGGAACUCUUUACUCACGAGGAACACUCUCGCACACACUCGCUCACACACUCACACACGGCCACCCACAGCCACACAUUUUACACGCCUAUUUACCUACCUACUCCCGUAAGAGCCAGACGAGUCGCCCGCUUUCCCGCCCGAUUAUGCGAAUUUUUGACACGCAACCUCGCCGCCAUUGAAGGAACCGAGAGCCGCUACCCCGGGAAGCUCGCUUUAGGCACCGGCUUCUUCCGUCAUGGAAACGGGAAGGGAGUUUAGUGACUUUUUAGACCCGAUCCGCCGCGAAAAGAGACCUGGUCGGUCGUCCACCAGGUCCUGGCGCCGUUCGUCGUUCUCUGGGCACGGGGAGAUUUAGUUUUUUGACGGUGUCGUCGUCGACGGGGAGAGCGAUCCUCUCGGGGGGCCCUCCCAGUCGACGUGUCGACCUAGGGGAUUUGUUAACGGGGAAUUAUUCGCCGCGAACGACCCAGUCCUUGUCCGUAAACGCAGCCGCUGUAGCCAGAAGUCUGUCUUGGAAGUGUUUCUUUUCUCAAAUCUUUUCUUUCUUUCUCUUUUUUUUUCUCUGUGCCCUUCCUCUUCUUCUUCCUCCUCCUCUUAUUUUCUUCUCGUCUCUUCGACCCCACCUUGUCGGCGGACAAAGAGUUUAGGUACUUUCAAAGACGCGCGCCCACGCGUUCAGUUUUUCUUUUUUCUUUUUCCUUUCUUUCCUUUUUCUUCUUUUCUCUGGAUAGCCUUCGUUUGCAUCGCGCUUGCAUCCGCUUAGGAUUUAAUAGGAUCUAACGAAAUGUAGUAGGUUUAGAGUAUAUUAUAUAUAUAUGUAUACUUGCAUAUAUAUAUACAUAUAUAUUAGCCGCUAGCACGAAGUCGCGCAAAAGCGGUGCAGAGAUCGAAUAAAAUAGACAGGAGUACGUAUACGUGCACGCGUAUGUGCGUUUGUGAAGGUAUGUAGCGCAUAUGGGGGUAAACGCGGGUAUGCGUGCACGUGUAUAGAUAUAUAGAUAUAUAGAUAUAUAUAUAUAUUAAUUAUUCAAAGGGUUGCCCAGGCGUAGCUCUCCUUGGCAGCAUUUAUUGUAUUACCAGAGGUCUUAUCGAUAAGGACAAACUACUACGUACUCUCUGUAUAAACGCUAGAACACUGUAUAGAGUCGCGAGCACUGCGCGAUAGACGGCGUAUAACGAGAUGAAAGAAUAGCGAAAGGUUUAACUUUGCUUAUGUGAGAAAACGACACAAAAAACGGAAAAAGAAGGGAGAAACCGAAGAAAGAGAGAAAGAGGAAGUUAAAGUAUAUUUAGACACCCGGAGCGGAGGUACGCUCUCGCAAUUCGUCCUAGAGGUGCGCGCACGUGCGACGUGUACUUGGCGCGGGACUCAGGCGUGAGUUUGCGGCACUUCCUGUUCUUUACGCCUUGAUUUUCCUCGGCGAAGGGUUUCCGGUCGUUGAGACGCCUUUGCGAACCCCACGUGGCAGUCUAGACUACCACGAGGAGAGUAUAGAAAUCCAGGUCGCGGCGCGCAAUGAUCUUGUCGCGGGACUCAGGCCGGAGUCCCUACACGUGCUCUUGACAUUUCGCUUAGCGAACCGGAGGGAGGCUUCCUCUGUACUUAUAUCCGUAUUCUAUACACAUCGGGCGAAAGGAAACACUGGAUUCGAAGCCGAGAGCGACGGUGCGUCUCGAUGUCGCGGCGCGCAAGGUCCCUCGCCACGUGCUCUUGACGUUUCGCUUAGCGAACCGGAGGGAGGCUUCCUCUGUACUUAUAUAUGUCUGUACACAUUCUGCGAAUGGGAAGAUUCGAUUCCAGGUCGGGAGGUACGGUGGAUCUCGGUUUUGCAGCGCGCAAGGUCCCUCGCACGUGCUCUUGACGUUUCGCUUAGCGAACCGCAGGGAGAGACCUCCUCUGUACGCUUGUAUCUAUACAUUUAGACCCGAUCGAGCUUUCGCUUGCGGUAGGGCAUGGUUUCUUCUCGGCUCCCUUUCGGCCCCCUCGAGUUCCUUCACCGUCUGCCGAGCCCCUUGACUUCGUCUAGGUGUUCCCAAUCAUUUCACCUUCUUUUAUUUUUUCUUUUUUUUUUUCCUUUCUUUCUUUCUCUCGUUCCAUCUCAUCCUCUCUCCAGCUCCCUUCGGGAACUCGACCGAGCGCUUUCGUUCCUCCCAGUUAUAUAAGCGUACCGGUGUCCGGAGACCUCUUGAUUAUUCCCCGAUGUCGAGGUGUCCGCCCUCCGCGCCUCCGUCUUAGUCACUGACCUUAGUCAAGAAUUAUGUACGAGUCGUUCGCCGUGACCAAACGUGUUUUUUAGAGGCCACAUUAUACACUGACCAUCCCUA